AUGGCACCCUCCACUAGAUCCAGUUCAAGAGCCUCAAGCGUUUCAGACGCCCCUAGUACCGCUCAGCCAGCUACUAACACCACCGAAGAAGCCCCAAAGCAAUACAGGGCCUCCACGAAACGAGCCAACUCAACCUUCUCGGCUCUUACCCAUGCCAGGCUUGAUUCGAGAAAAACACCCUCAGGAAGUUCAGGAGCUUCUGUGCCUCCACGAAGCGACCUACCCUCUGUGGAUGGAAGCCCAGAAGAACCGCAACUCGGAGGAUUUCAUGAAACUGACCAAGCAAGCGAAAGAAACGCAUCACAAACUUCUCAGGAAGAUAAGUUACUCGGAUCUAUUGGCUUGGACUCAAGGAUGGAAUCCGUCGGAGUGGGACUGGGUGACCUUUGA